CACACUUUUAGUUCCUCACUCUCUUUUCUCUCAAUCUUCAUAUCCUGCGGUGGGAUAAGCAGCGAGAGGAUGAGCCCCUGAUCCUAUGCUGGACCCUGAUUGACCUGACAGCUCAAACUAUUAUCAUCCAACCAAAGAAGACCGUCAUCGAAUCAAGUAAUCAAGAAGAAAUUCUGCUUACUGAACACUAGCUUCAGGAAGCGUUGAAGAACAUCCAGCAUACUUCAACAACAGAAACAGCAUCAGAUCUGGUUGAUCGGACAGAAUUACCUGGGAGUCUCGAACUAGGCCCUUCUCUUCUCGGACUCUGAGAUCUGUGUGGCUGCAGUGAGUGCUCACGUUCAGCCGUAGUCUGCUGUACAUGGAGACCCAGAGCUGGGCAGAAACUAAACCAGGAAACGGGCUGUUUAAAACCGGAAACAUUGCUCUCUUCGGAAACGUAGUGUACAGUGGGCUGCUGAACGAUCACUUCUGGCACUUUGGGGUUCCCCUUGUCACAAGACUGGGUAACCAGGAGGCACCAGCCCCUCCAGAGGCCAUGGCUCAGCCAUACGCACCAGCGCAGUACCCUCCUCCUCCGCCUCAGAACGGGCUGCCCGGCGAGUACGCCCACCCUGGCCAGGAGUACACGGGCCCAAACCCAGUGCCCGAGCAUGCAGCCGCCCUCACCAUCUAUACAACCACACAGACACACAGUGAUCCAACUGGCACUGACAGCAACACACCCUCUCUCACAGCACCCAACAGUUUACCAGCAGAUGAUGUGGCGCAGACAGAGGCAUCCCAGCAGCUCCAGCUCCAGCCCUCAGACUCUUCAGAGAAGCAGCAGCCCAAGCGGUUACACGUCUCCAACAUUCCUUUCCGCUUCCGUGACCCAGAUCUCCGACAAAUGUUUGGGCAAUUUGGGAAAAUUUUAGAUGUGGAAAUUAUUUUUAACGAGCGGGGCUCUAAGGGUUUCGGUUUUGUAACUUUUGAAACGAGUGCAGAUGCAGACCGUGCACGGGAGAAACUUAAUGGUACAAUCGUAGAGGGACGCAAAAUCGAGGUAAACAAUGCAACAGCGAGAGUAAUGACAAACAAGAAAGUGGCAAACCCCUACACAAAUGGUUGGAAGCUGAAUCCUGUGGUGGGCGCUGUCUAUGGUCCUGAAUUUUAUGCAGUUACAGGCUUUCCAUAUCCAACCACAGGGGCUACGGUGGCAUACAGGGGUGCCCAUUUGAGGGGUCGGGGUCGUGCAGUCUACAAUACAUUCCGUGCCGCACCCCCACCUCCUCCUAUUCCUGCUUAUGGAGCUGUGGUUUACCAGGACGGCUUCUAUGGGGCUGAGAUCUAUGGUGGCUAUGCAGCAUAUAGGUAUGCCCAGCCAGCCGCAGCAGCUGCAGCAGCUUACAGUGACAGCUAUGGCAGAGUCUAUGCAACAGCAGACCCCUAUCACCACACGAUUGGACCCGCAGCCACGUACAGCGUGGGCACUAUGGCUAGCCUAUACAGAGGAGGGUACAGUCGCUUCACUCCAUACUAAAGACAGAAAACCCACC